AUGAGAGAGCCUCCUGGAUUUUACAGAGGCGUUUCGUUAAUCGUAAGAUUCCUUUCCCUAUUGCGAAGACCUAUAUCUAGUUUCUCCUUGUUAGCCUUAAUUAUCUCCACUCAGAGUGCAAAGUCGUCUACACGGCUAGGGAAUAUCCUCAUAAGCUUUGAAAACGAAAACAUUCUUAUCGACUUCAUUAAACGAUAA